AUGGUGUUGAAUGUGUUUGUGGUGUCUGAUUUAAGAUCUCGUGUCAGUGGUCCUCGAAAACAGAAGGAAUUACCCACAGAACCUCCUUUCACAGCCUAUAUAGGAAAUUUACCUUUUAAUACUGUGCAGGGAGACAUUGAUGCCAUCUUUAAGGAGCUAAACGUAAGGAGUGUUCGACUAGUCAGAGACAAAGAAACAGACAAGUUCAAAGGUUUUUGUUAUGUAGAAUUUGAUGACCUGGAGUCUCUUAAAGAAGCAUUGACAUAUGAUGGAGCACUUCUUGGUGAUCGAUCUCUUCGGGUUGACAUAGCAGAAGGCAGAAAGCAAGAGAAGGGUGGUUUUGGCUUCAGAAAAUCAGAUGACAGAGGAGGUUUCAGAGAUGAAGACUAUGGUGACCGGUCUAUGGUUGGAUUUGGAGGAAGUAGGUCCAGAGGUGCUCGCCUUGGAGACAGACGAGGAGGCCGGUCUAGAGAUGGACCCUCUCAUGGCUCCUGUAUGGAAUUCAGAGAGGCAACAGAAGAGGAGCGGGCACAGAGACCCAGACUGCAGCUUAAACCUCGCACAGUCGCUGCCCCACUUAACCAGGUAGCCAAUCCGAACUCAGCCAUAUUCGGUGGAGCCAGGCCUCGGGAGGAAAAAACUGGACAUGAGGAGCCCUAGCUGGCUGGAAUCAUGGAAAGUUAGGCACAGCACUCUCCAUCCCUACCACUCAACAGACUUCCUUUUGUCUACUCUUCCAACAUAGCUGAUUGCAAUGGUUUCUUUCUAAGAACACUCCAGCUCAUCUGUAUUUAAGCGCCUGCCUGGUACCAUCUUUUAGCAUUGAACAGUUUGCUUUCUUCAAGUGGUAGCUCCUCCACAUAACAAAAAAACAGUCUCUUAAAUGGUACUUUUGAAUAUUGCUGUACUGAGUUUCUCAGAAAUACAGAUGUGGCUGCUCAUUAGAACCUGAUGUUUUAUGGACAUCUUUCUCACUAAAUACUGUUGACCAACCUGCACGUAAUAUUCUCUGACCUAAACAUACAUGUGUGUGUAUUUUUUAAUAUGUACUAUAUAUAUAUAUACACACACGUGAACACAUU